AUGGAGGGCACAUCAAAAAAGCUGCAGUACUGGAGGCUUUAUCUGCUCACAGUGGUGUUGGGGAUCGGAGGAUCGUUUCAGUAUGGAAUCCAAGUGUCUGUCAUUGCUUCUCCAGCAGUGCAUGUUCAGAGCUUUGUGAACCACACAUGGAUGUGGAGGUAUGACGCUCCAGUGGACGAAUCCACUAACCAGCUCAUCUGGUCGCUCAUCGUGGCUGUGCUGAGCCUCGGGGCCUGGGCCGGGGCCAUUCACAGCGGCAGCCUCCCUGUUACUUAUGGCCGGAAAAAAGCUCUCCUGUUCAACAAUGUUGUGGCCAUUGUUGCUGCCCUAUUCAUGCUCUUCAGUCGCAUAGCAAAGUCUUUUGAAAUGAUCUUAGUGGGCAGAUUUUUAUACGGAUACAAUGUUGGUCUCGGCCUCAGCGUUCACCUCAUGUACCUCGGGGAGUGCUCUCCAAAGACGCUGCGAGGUUUCCUGACUCUCACAAGCUCAAUGUUCAUUGGUUUUGGAAAAGUCAUGGGUCAAAUAAUUGGCAUUAAGGAAGUGAUGGGCACAGAGGAAAUGUGGCCAUAUCUCUUAGCUGUUAGUGGUAUCCCUGCCAUCCUGCAGUUUGUGACGCUGCUUUUCUUCCCUGAGGCACCUCGAUACCUUUAUAUUGACAAAGGAGACACUGAAGGCAGCAGAAAAGCUUUACAGUGGCUGUGGCAGGAGGAUGACUUAAAGCUAGAGAUGGACGACAUGCAGAAGGAAAGACAGAGCACACAGGGAGAGAAGGCGAAGACUGUGAAGGAUGUCCUGACGUCUCGCUGUGUGCGGUGGCAGCUGCUCACUCUGGCCAUCCCCUGUGCCGGGGUCCAGUUCUGUGGCAUCAAUGCUUUGUACUUCUACGCCUAUGACAUCUUCCGUGAAUCAGGAAUACCAAAGGACCAGAUGCAUUACCUGGCCAUUGGGAUCGGUGCAACAGAGCUCAUAACAGUUACGCUAUGUUCUUUGUUAAUAGAUCGUGCUGGCAGAAAGAAACUGAUGGGUUAUGGGUAUCUGUUGAUGGGCGUCACCAUGUCUCUUCUUACUGUAAUGCUGUCCAUAAAGGAUAUGAACUCAGCGAUCCCAUAUGUGAACAUUGCCCUGAUCUUUUGUGUCAUCUGCAUUUACGGACUUGGACCUUCUGGAGUGUCUAUGGCUCUUCCUGCUGAUCUGUUUCUACAAGCCUGGCGUCCCUCUGCUUAUGUGAUCAGUGGGACCAUAAACUGGCUGGGGAUGUUCCUUGUGGGAAUGUUGUUUGGCUACAUAGUGGAUGGACUUGGGCAGUUCUGUUUCCUGAUUUUUGUGGCUUACUGCUUCUUAAGCGCAGGAUUUCUCUUAUACUUUGUCCCAGAAACCAAAGGAAAAACAAUGGUCGAGAUAAUGGAAGACUUCAACAAACUGAAUUAUAAAAACAGGGAGGCUGAAAUUGAAAUGAUAGAUGCUACUCUGGCCACCAAGUUUUAACCUCGUGCACUGCUUUACUCUUAUCGUACUUUAACACUAAACUACCUGUGUACUUCAGGGAACAAGCAUAUCUAUA